AAUUGAAAGAGAGAGAUUUAUCCUCGGCCAUCUUGCUUUACUCAUCAGCAAAAUGUUUAUAUUUUAUUUUGUAGAUUGGUUAUCACUGUCUAACUAUUUUAUUCUUUCAUUCUUCUUCAUCAGUUAGCAAUUUCAUAAUAAUGUUAUCUGUCCGAAUAGCAGUGAUGAUAGUAUUGAAUUAAAUCGUCACAAUAAAAAUUAUUAUUAAUCAUAUAAUGCGCGGGAACUCUGUUCGAAAACAGUUAGGUAGUUUCAGCUUGAGAAAGAAGAAGAAGCAACAAUCUCCUUCCACAGACGCAGAGAUUUUGAAAUGGAACAAGGCUAUCUCCACUCACAUGCGCAAUGGCGAAUGCGACUCAGCCCUCCGCUUAUUCGACUCGAUGCCUCAUCGAACCUCCGUCUCCUACAACACCAUGAUCUCCGGCUACCUCAGGAACGGCCACUUCCACCUUGCAACCAACCUGUUCGACAAAAUGCCCCAAAGGGAUUUGUUUUCCUGGAAUGUCAUGCUUACUGGAUACAUCAGGAAUCGGAGGCUCGGUGAUGCCCGCAAGCUGUUUGAACGAAUGCCCCAAAAGGAUGUUGUGUCCUGGAAUGCCAUGCUCUCUGGGUAUGCCCAGAAUGGCUAUGUAGACGAUGCAAGAGAGGUGUUUGAGAACAUGCCUGAAAAGAAUUCCAUCUCGUGGAAUGGGCUGCUCGCAGCUUAUGUUCAGAACGGAAAAUUCGAGGAGGCUUGUCGCUUGUUUGAGUCCAAGUCAAACUGGGAUUUGAUUUCUUGGAAUUGUUUGAUGGCUGGGUAUUUGAAGAGGAACAUGUUAGGUGGUGCUAGGCGGCUUUUUGACCAGAUGCCUGUUAGGGAUAACAUUUCGUGGAAUACUAUGAUUACUGGUUAUACCCAGGAUGGAGAUAUGCUGGAAGCCAGGAGAUUGUUCAAUGAGUGUCCAAUACGGGAUGUGUUCUCGUGGACAGCAAUGGUGUCGGGAUAUACACAGAAUGGGAUGUUGGAUGAAGCAAGAAGGAUUUUUGAUGAAAUGCCAUUGAAAAAUGAGGUCUCAUACAAUGCAAUGGUUGCCGGAUAUGUGCAGAGCAAGGAAAUGGACAUAGCAAGGGACUUGUUUGAGGCAAUGCCUUGUCGGAAUAUUAGUUCAUGGAAUACCAUGAUUACUGGAUAUUGUCAGAAUGAUGAUAUAACCCAGGCUAGGAACUUGUUUGAUAAGAUGCCUCAGCGUGAUUCUGUGUCUUGGGCAGCUAUAAUUGCUGGUUAUGCUCAGACUGGUCAUUAUGAAGAGGCUUUGAACAUGUUUGUUGCGAUGAAACGAGAUGGAGAAAGUUUAAAUAGGGGUACCUUUAGUUGUGCUUUGAGCUCUUGUGCUGAUAUUGCAGCUUUGGAAUUAGGGAAACAAGUUCACGGGCAAGCGGUGAAGACGGGAUAUGAGACAGGGUGUUUUGUUGGGAAUGCACUUCUUGCAAUGUAUUUUAAAUGUGGCAGCAUAGACGAAGCUUAUGAUAUGUUUGAAGCAAUAGAAGAGAAAGACAUCGUCUCUUGGAACACAAUGUUAGCUGGUUAUGCUAGGCAUGGAUUUGGCAAACAGGCCUUAUCAGUAUUCGAGUCGAUGAACAAAGCAGGUGUUAAACCAGAUGAAAUUACAAUGGUGGGUGUUCUGUCUGCCUGUAGUCAUACUGGCUUGAUUGACAAGGGAACUGAAUAUUUUUAUUCAAUGAAUGAGAUUUAUGGUAUAACACCAAAUCCAAGACAUUAUGCUUGCAUGAUUGAUCUUCUUGGUAGAGCUGGGCGCCUGGAAGAAGCACAAAACUUAAUGAGAAGCAUGCCUUUUGAACCAAGUGCUGCAGCAUGGGGUACUCUACUAGGUGCUAGCCGUAUUCAUGGCAAUACAGAGCUGGCUGAAAAGGCUGCUGAGAUGGUUUUCAAGAUGGAGCCUCAUAACACAGGAAUGUAUGUCCUUCUUUCAAAUCUAUAUGCAACUUCAGGCAGAUGGGUCGAUGUUGGUAAGAUGAGAUCAAAAUUGAGGGACGCCUGUGUGCAGAAAGUACCGGGGUAUAGUUGGGUUGAGGUACAAAACAAAAUUCAUAAAUUCACAGUUGGGGACCGCGUCCACCCAGAAAGAGACAAAAUAUAUGCUUUCUUAGAAGAGUUAGAUCAGAAAAUGAAGCUUGAUGGGUAUGUUCCAUCAACCAAAUUGGUUCUGCAUGAUGUGGAAGAGGAAGAAAAGGAGCACAUGCUCAAGUAUCACAGUGAGAAAUUAGCUGUAGCAUUUGGAAUUCUGACCAUACCUGCUGACAGACCGAUACGUGUCAUGAAAAACUUGCGUGUGUGUCAAGACUGUCAUAAUGCCAUCAAACACAUAUCCAAGAUUGUUGGAAGGUUGAUAAUCUUGAGGGACUCCCAUCGCUUUCAUCACUUCAGUAACGGAAUUUGUUCUUGUGGAGAUUAUUGGUAAGAGUGGAGAGAAUAUUAUUAAAAAGAUGAGGAGAUUAAUGUCAUGAAAGAGUUGCUAAGAAGCAACACUGAGAAGUUCAUAUCUGAUUGUGGAAUCAGUGAGCCCGUUUCUUUUCAGAAUGAAUUCUGGCUUUCAGCAUUGACUUCAGCUUUGAAUUUGAGAGCUUCCAAAGUCCUGAUUCUGAUUCGCUAGAUGAGGCAGCUGUAUUCAUUUCUGGUACACCUGAUGCUGACAUGUUUUCAUCUAACACAACCUUGAUACUGCCUGCAAAGUUUAUUCAUAAAAUUGAAAAUCAAGCAGAUGAUGAUAUCCAAGACUUAGAACCAUGGUGUCAGCAGAAAGCAUACCUCGAUUCUGAAUUUGAGGAGCACAACUGUACCCUUUGACAAGAAGAAAUUGUUAAGAGUAAAAAGUGGUCUAGAGCAAACAAGAUUGUGAAGUCCGAACAAGGUAUUUGAAUGAAAAUGUCCAAAAAAACCAAUACUAUUCUUUGCAUUCUCAAUAAGCUGGAUUAUAAGAACCAAAGAUGAAUGGUUUCGUUAAACACCAGUUAAGUUCAAUGAACACCAGUUAGUUGGAUACCUCAGAUUUCAAUGUAGUGUGAUUGAAAAAAUAAUCAAUGAAAAAAUAAUCAAAACAAUGAACAAC